CAACACUUUGAGACCAUGGCCGAUAGAGCCAAUAACUUCUUCCAUCGUGAGCGACAUGGUGACGAACCACCAUCACACAAUUAUACAAUGAUCCAAGCAUUCGAAUGGCACUCUGAAGGAAAUGGGAAGCACUGGAAAUGGUUCAAAGAUCGUGUCAAACAUCUUGCUGAUUUAGGAAUCACUGCCGCUUGGUUACCUCCUCCAACAAAGGCUAGCUCUAUGGAAGGUAACGGGUAUGAUAUCUACGACCUCUUUGACUUGGGAGAAUUUCCAAACAAAGAGGACCCAAAAAAGACCAGAACUAAAUGGGGAACUAAAGAAGAGUUGGUUGACGCCGUUCGUCAAGCUCGUGAAUGCGGAGUCGCGGUAUAUAUAGAUGCUGUGCUGAAUCAUAAGGCGGGUGCUGACUUUUCUGAGACUUGCAAAGCCAAAGAGGUCAAUUCAAAUAACAGAAAUGAAGAAAUAUCCGAUGCGUACGAAAUUGAGGCGUGGACCGGGUUCAACUUUCCGCAACGUAAAGGAAAGUACAGUGAAUUUGAAUGGCAUUCUCAUCAUUUCACAGGUGUAGAUUAUGAUAAUAAGAACAAGAAGAAAGCGAUCUUCAAAAUAGAAGGAAAUGGGAAGGCGUGGGCAACAGAUGUUGAUGAAGAGAACGGAAACUUUGACUAUUUGAUGUUCUCGGAUCUCGAUCAUUCACAUCCAGAGGUUUCUGACGAAUGUAAGAAAUGGGGUAUAUGGAUCAUCAAGGAACUUGGAGCAGCCGGGUUCCGAUUUGAUGCUGUCAAACAUAUGGAUAGAGGAUUUGUGGCCGAUUUCAUUAAGCAUGUCAGACGUGAAGUUGGAAACCCUGAUCUAUUUGCUGUUGGUGAAUUCUGGAAGGACGACAUUGACACUAUCAGUGCCUAUCUUGAAGGACUGGAUGCGCAGUUUUCGGUUUUCGAUGCUCCUCUGCAUUACAAUUUCAAGAAAGCAUCAGACGAAGGAGAAAACUAUGAUAUUCGUCAGAUUUUCGAUGAUACGCUGGUUCAGUGCAGACCAGUUGAUGCUGUUACAAUGGUAGAUAACCAUGACACGCAACCUUAUGAGGCUCUGGAGUCGUGGGUUGGACCACAAUUCAAGCCUUUGGCGUACAGCAUCAUCUUGUUGCGCCCAGAUGGUUAUCCGUGUGUCUUUCUGGGGGAUCUCGAGGGGAUCAAAGGUGAACAUAAGUUUGAGCCGAUGUCUCAACUAGACGACUUGAUCCGUGCUCGUAAGCUUUUUGCAUAUGGCCCUAUGAAGGAUUAUUGGGACCAUGAGCGGUGUGCUGGAUGGGUCAGAGAUGGCGAUGAGCGUCAUGAUGGGUGUGCAGUUGUGAUCUCAAAUGGGGGAGAGGGCACCAAACGUAUGGAAGUAGGAAGGAAUCACUCGGGAGAAGAAUGGACAGAUUGCUUGGGUUGGCAUCCGGACACCAUUUGUAUCGGAGAAGAUGGUUGGGCAGAAUUCAAGUGUCCAGCUUCAUCAGUUUCUGUUUGGACUAAGAAGGAUGCGAAAGGAAGAGACGAGUAUAAAAGAAAGGCUUGAGUCUAAUCCCGAAGAAUUUUCAAGUGAUUGGUUGUGUGUCUUCAUUUGGUGUUCCAAAUGAUAGCAAACCUGCAUGAAAUUGUAGGAAAGCGUAUUGACGAGUAUUGAUUUGAAGUAUAGUUCUAGGAGGGUUUGUGCUCUUUUUAGUAUGUUGAUGUAAGCUCAACAAAGCCCUUCAUCAAAACAAACGCUCCUCAGAGCUACCAAAAGUCGCCACCUUUCUGCCGAUUGUCCUUGAGAACAGUCCAAAAUUUGAAACAAACGGCACUUUUAAAAGAGCUCCUCCAAUGACCACUCUUCCCACCUCCGGUAUUU